GGCAGAACCCCAGCCAGAACGCCGCGCAGAGUGGAGAGCUGUAUUCUGCGACGGCAGGCAGCGCUGGUGCUGGCGUUUCCCUGCUUGCACGCGGUUCCCUCGAGCGCCGCGCUCCGACCGACGUAGCCGGCCGCGAAGGCGCCCAGACGGCAAGCCAGCGACCCAUGCUGAAGUGAGCGCCCAGGUCAGCGAGAUGCUGGCGCUGCUGACCGCCGGCGUGGCGCUCGCCGUGGCCGCGGGACAAGCCCAGGAUAACCCGAUACCUGGCAGUCGCUUCGUGUGCACCGCGCUGCCCCCCGAAGCGGCGCGCGCCGGCUGCCCGCUGCCCGCGAUGCCCAUGCAGGGAGGCGCGCUGAGCCCUGAGGAGGAGCUGCGAGCCGCUGUGCUGCAGCUGCGCGAGACCGUCGUGCAGCAGAAGGAGACGCUGGGCGCUCAGCGAGAAGCCAUCCGAGAACUCACCAGCAAGCUGGCCCGCUGUGAGGGACUAGCCGGCGGUAAGGCGCGCGGCACGGGGGCCACGGGCAAGGACACCAUGGGCGACCUGCCGCGGGACCCGGGCCACGUCGUGGAGCAGCUUAGCCGCUCGCUGCAGACCCUCAAGGACCGCUUGGAGAGCCUCGAGCUCCAACUCCACACCAACGCGUCUAAUGCCGGGCUGCCGAGCGACUUCCGAGAGGUGCUCCAGCGGAGGCUGGGGGAGCUGGAGAGGCAGUUGCUACGCAAGGUGGCCGAGCUGGAAGACGAGAAGUCCCUGCUCCACAAUGAGACCUCGGCUCACCGGCAGAAGACAGAGAACACACUGAAUGCACUGCUGCAGAGGGUGACUGAGCUGGAGAGAGGCAACAGUGCAUUCAAGUCACCAGAUGCAUUCAAAGUGUCCCUCCCUCUCCGUACAAACUACCUAUACGGCAAGAUCAAGAAGACGUUGCCCGAGCUGUAUGCCUUCACCAUCUGCCUGUGGCUGCGGUCCAGCGCCUCGCCAGGCAUCGGCACGCCAUUCUCCUACGCUGUGCCUGGGCAAGCCAAUGAGAUUGUGCUGAUAGAGUGGGGUAACAAUCCCAUAGAGCUGCUUAUCAACGACAAGGUCGCACAGCUGCCCCUGUUUGUCAGCGAUGGCAAGUGGCACCAUAUCUGCAUCACCUGGACCACUCGAGACGGCAUGUGGGAAGCAUUCCAGGACGGGGAGAAGCUGGGCACCGGGGAGAACCUGGCACCCUGGCAUCCCAUCAAGCCAGGGGGUGUGCUCAUCCUGGGGCAGGAGCAGGACACUGUGGGAGGCAGAUUUGAUGCCACACAGGCCUUCGUUGGAGAGCUUAGCCAGUUCAACAUAUGGGACCGUGUCCUCCGGGCACAAGAGAUCAUCAACAUCGCCAACUGCUCCACGAACAUGCCUGGAAACAUCAUCCCAUGGGUGGACAACAAUGUCGAUGUGUUUGGAGGGGCUUCCAAGUGGCCUGUGGAGACGUGCGAAGAGCGUCUCCUGGACUUGUAGCUACCUUCUCCCUGUCCCAGAGGCCAAGAGCGGGCUGUUCUGGGGAGUUCAAGGCAUCUAUUCCCGAGUUCAACUAAAAUCUCUGGCCUGAGUAGGAAAGAACCAGAGCCCCUAAGGCAGGCUGUGUGGCCUCCUUUGUCUUAGGCUCCUAUGUUCUUACUGCUUUGUUCUUUGGUGGGAAGUGACCGAAGCCCUGGGAAGAGUCCUGAGCCACUUCCUGCUGGGGUUUCUAGUAAAGUCUGUGAGCCUCUCCACCCCUCCUGUAAAUGCUAGUGCAACCCAGCCCUGCCUGUCAUUUUGGAUCCUUAGUGUCUCGUGUGUGCUUCCCGUCUGUCCCCUUUGAUGGCUGUGUGGUCAUCCUACCGGGGUGGCCUGGGUCCCUUGUGUGUGUAGCACAUCCCUGCUUUUGACUGA